GACAGAGAGAGAAAAAGAGCGACAUAGAAAGUAGUGUGAGUACUAGGAGGUUAAAAAAAGAAAUUUGAUUGUCCGCGUUGAAAAUUAAAUUUCCAAAUAUGGCUAGUGAUAAAAAACUCGGAAAAUCAUUGCCAAAAGGCUCAAAAAGUAAUGAAGAAAUUCUCGCUGGAUUUCAAACCCUUCGCAAUGAUCAAAGGAUGAUGGCUACUAAAUUAUCCGAAAUGGAAAUGGAAUUAAAUGAACACAAGAUUGUCAUUGAUACAUUGAAGAAUGUUGAUCCUAAAAGAAAGUGUUAUAGAAUGGUUGGUGGAAUUUUAUGCGAGCAAGUAGUCGGAGAAGUAUUACCUGGGCUUGUUACUAAUAAAGAAAGGUUGAUAAAAGUCAUUGAGACGCUGAAUGAACAGUUGGAGAAAAAAGGUAAAGAGAUAAACGAUUACAAAGAGAAAAAUAAUAUAAGGAUACGAGGAUUAGAUGAACUACAACAAACGGAAGAAGAAUCUAAAGAACCUAAAAGAAAUGCCCUCGUAGUUAAUCCUAUUGAAACUUAAUUAAAAUUGUAUAAUUUUUUGAAUUCUUUCAUCAUUUAAACCAUUUGUAUUUUUAAACAUCUGCCAGGUUAUUAAUUUCAAACUAAGUCUGAUUGAUUUUUCAAUUCUCAGUUCAUAACUCUUUCAUAUUAAUAUACAUCGUAUUAAUUUGACUGUAAAAAGACAGAAGCAAUAAAAUUAAUUUAACGUUUUAGUUCAUUUAGUAUUUUUUUUUUUUU